GCUGUUUGGAGGGAAAAACAUUUAAUCACGACCUUAUGUCUGCGAAAAACGGCAGGGCAGCCUCUCUUUGAAACGUCACUGAAGCUCCCCUCGCUGCCCGGGUCACAUGACAGGGUUGCAAUCCGCCGCGGUAGUGAUGUCGUUACGGCGGCGCGGUAUUGCCAGUGGCUGCGCGGUGUGUUUAUUGUUAGCGAAAGUGAAACCGCCCACGUUCGAAGGGCGUAAUGUCGGAGUGCAGUAUGAGGAGCCCGCGGUUUCCUUGUGUGGUGUAUUUCAAGGUGUUGCGGUUCUUGCUUUGUCUCGUCCGUGUUGGUCCGCCGCUAUAAAGAGCCCCCCCCCCCAGUCUUGGCCGCGCAUGAAGCCCUUUCUGUGGAACACGACCCCGGUCUGCCUCUGCUGCAAAGGAAGGCGCGCAUAUGGUCCCAAACAGAGAUGUCUAAAAUCAAUUCAAAUGACAGACCUGAAGAUCCUUCUCAGCUCGGGGUGUCCAUUAAACAGGAAAUCACGUGUGCAGGAAGUGACACGGAGCAGGAGCCGGCGAAGUCUCCACGUGCCAGCGCCAGUCCCAGGAGGGUGUAUCAGCUCACUAUCUGCGGUGUCUGUGGGAAGACUUUCUCUCUUCCGUGGAACUUCACGGCGCACCAGCGCGUCCACACGGGAGAGAAGCCCUACAGCUGCCGGCUCUGUGGCCGCCGCUUCAGCCAGCUGAGCAACCAGCGCUCCCACGAGAGGACUCACCGGGACCCGGGGCCGGGCCGGGCCGUGGCGCUGCUGAGGAUCCCGCCUCGGCCCCCAUCGCAGCAGCACCGCGACCCAGCCGUGUACCCCUGCCAGGAGUGUGGGCGCCGCUUCGUGGGCUUCGGGAGGGUGCCGGGGCACCAGUGCGUCACAAAGGAACAGAGUCAGGAGGCAGUCCCCUGUGAACAGGACUCCCCUAAAGAGACGCCUGCCAGACCUAAAUCUGGGGGUCCCCCCUCCCAGUACGCAGCGGACCCCUCAGAGUUGGGGGCAGUCGUCGUCAAACAGGAGGAGGAGGAGGAAGAGGAGGAGGCAGGGGACGGCGAGGUGGAGGGGAGAGAGGAGGGAUCCAGUCACAGCCAGACCUGUAGUACCCAGACUGACCAGAGAGGGAGCCCUGUGCCCCGCCUAGCCAGCGCGACAGCUGCCUCUGCGUCUCCCAAGCCCUUUGUUUGCCCCGAUUGCGGGAAGACUUUCUCUCUCCCAUGGAACUUCACGGCGCACCAGCGCGUCCACACGGGAGAGAAGCCCUACAGCUGCCGGCUCUGCGGCCGCCGCUUCAGCCAGAUGAGCAACCAGCGCUCCCACGAGAGGACUCACCGGGACCCGGGGCCGGGCCGGGCCGUGGCGCUGCUGAGGAUCCCGUCGGGGCCCCCAGCCUCUUUCCCGUGCCAGCACUGCGGACAGAUCUUCGUGGGGUUCGGGGGCGUGCCGGGGCACCGCUGUGCCGGUGGCGAGGAGACAUUUCCCCAUGAUUCGCUUCCAGGGGAAAUAUAGCCCAGAGAGUUAAUGCCAAGUUAGAAAGUCGCGCUGGAGACCUGCUGCUGCUGCACCCUGUGCUGGGGUUCAGAACUCCCCUCAAUGAAGUUUCUAACC